AUGGGUACUACCCCAGACUACGGCAUAUCGCCUUUUUGUUCCAGAUUCGGUUGUCUUGGGCCUGCCGAAGGCUUGGGGUCCUCACCGACAAUGGACAAUUUGGCCCCGGCAAUGUUUGUUGGGCACGGCUGUUUCCACUGUUUUGACUACAUGCGUCCGCAUUCCGGACCAGGUUGA